AUGUGCUCCGUAGUCAGCUUCGUCUGCAGAUCGGUUACGACAACCCCUCCCAUUGCUAGGAAAGCUGUCCGUAACUCCUUUAGUAGGCAAACCAUCAUCAUUACCAUUGCCUCCUUCACGAUCGUGUUUACUUGCUGCGGCAUCAAUUUUGCCUUUGGCAUUUUCCAAGCGGUAUUCGAGACGCUUUCGCAACAGCCAGACACCCCAUUUACCGGAGCGUCACCGGCAUUGAUCGAUCUCAUCGGCACCAUGUCCAUCUCCCUCAUGACCAUUGGAGCGCCAUUUGUUGUCGCCUGGGCAAAGCGCUUCUCGCCCAGGUUGAUCUCGCUCAUCGGCUCAACUAUUUUCUCCGCAGCGAUGAUACUGGCAAGCUUUGGACAGUCUUUGUGGCACUUCGAAGUCACUCAAGGAGCCCUUCUCGGAUUGGGAACCUGUAUGAGCUACAUGGUGGCUGUGACAAUUGCCCCAACCUGGUACACCACACGCCGAGGUCUCGGAUUGGGCAUCAUAACCUCGGGCACAGGCAUAGGAGGCCUUGUAUGGGCACCUGCACUCAAGGCAGCCGUAGACUCGAUGGGUUAUCGGAAUGCCCUGCGACUUGCUGGAGGCCUUGCCUUUGGACUCAACAUCGCAGCUAGUUUGGCUAUGGAAUGGGAACCCGAAACGAAGGCUCGAAUCGACAUGGAAAACGGCGCAAGAACCAGUCGCCUUGAUGGCCUCUUGAAGGUGCCCAUCGUCAACUGGCGAAUUGCUCGCACACGCAAGUUUGCGGCCCAAGCUCUGGGCGCCAUCUUCCAAUCCGCCGUGUAUUAUCUGCCGCUCUUUUUCUUUGCUACGUACGCCAGGACCUUGGGAUACAGCGACACUGCAGGCGCCAACUUCAUUGCCCUGAGCAACGCCUGCAAUGCAAUCGGGAAGAUAGUCAUUGGUUACGCCGCAGAUCACAUCGGGCGACUCAAUGCCUUGGUUGCAACGACCCUCAUCAGCGCCAUCGCGACCGUCAGCUUUUGGGUGCCCUCGACCUUGUCUGGCGAUGCGGCUGUUUCACAAGGUCUUUUCAUCACCUUUACCAUUCUAUACGGCAUUUUUGCAAGUGCCUACGUAGCUCUCUUCCCUGCAAGCUUGGUCGAGCUGUUUGGAAUCCACAAUUUCGCCUCCGUCAACGGUGUUCUCUACAUGGUCAGAGGAAUGGCUUCUCUGGUCGGCACUCCGGUGGGUGGUGUCUUGAUCCGGAGUCACUCAUUGGGGAGGCCUGCGCAGUCGUACGAGGGCAUGUCCUUGAUGACGAGCGCGCUGCUUUCCGCCGCGUCGUUCGCAGUCAUGUGGGUAAGGAUAGAGGCCAUGGUCGGGGUGGAUGGAAAGCUGGUCAUGAAGUGGAAGAUGUAG